AUGAUUGCUGAAGUGCGAGUAACAACUUGUACUGAGCGCCGAGAUGGAUAUAUCAAGCAGGCACUGCUGCUGUCUGCUGUAGCGUUCGAGCCAGGUGAAGGGAUUUCCUUAAGUUUUGAAGAUCAAGGGAUCUUGCCUGAAAAGAUCAUCCGUGUCGACCCAUCGUUACGCCGGACAUUUGGUACUGAGAGUCUAGUUGUGGCGGCCAAAAAGUGUCGGCUUGUUCAUGUUGGAAUGGUGCUCUAUUGCAGUCGAUUGGAUUCAGAUUAA